AUGCCCCGUCGGCCUCAUAUACAAGCAUGCCAUCAAUCACUCGUUUGCAAAGGGCGUCUCCUUGAUCUUCCAUGUACGUUGCUUGGUCUCCGUGUUGACGUAGUAGAGGCGGCCACUCUUUGCAUCCCUAUACUCCUUCCACGUCCCACACCCGUAGCGCACCUUUUGUUUUUGCAGCGAUCCCUUCCUGCACUUCCUGCUGCUCCCGCUGAGGGGCUGCACCACCCUUCUUCUCUUCAAGAGCCUCGGAUGGCGGCUUCCCCCUCGCCUCUUGCGUGGCCGUCUGACUGUCGUAUGUCCUCCCCGCCUCUCGCUGGCGCGGCUCCUCCCAGUUGCCGCACAACACGCCACCACCCUCUGCUGGCGUCGCUGAGCAUGCCUCCGCUGCCUUUGUUGCAGCAGCAGCAACUGCAGGAGAGGGAUUCCCCUUCACGAGCGGCUGCGACUCGGUUGUGGCCGCCUCUUCGUCUCCAUACGACAAUCCCAAGCCACGCUGCUGCGCCUCCGCCUUAA